GGAAUGAUGGUCGACCGGCGCUGACGUGAAUAACCACCGUCUCCAUAUUGCGCCCGCAGGGUAGGGUUUUCACUCGCUACAGUCGUAGCUUACGGCGGGUCGUUUGUAUAUGUGUGAGCACGAUGUGAUCGGGGGAGAAUCAACGUGAAAAAUUUUCCUUUUCACCCAGACUGUCUGCAUAUCCGAAGGACACAGGACUCACUUUUAUCCUGGAGUUUACAUUUUGGCUUGGCAUUUUGCAUCGAAUUGACAUCAUUUUGGAAUAAGUUUUGUUCGGUGUAAAUAGUUGAAAAUUGGAUAGCAAUUGUGAUAACAGUUCGCAAAGCAAAGGCAAUAGAGGGUUGGAAGCUACACCCUCCGUCGGAUAAGGGGAACAAUCGUCAUAGUCUUCCAUUGUGUAAUGUAAAGCAUAGUUUUACGCUUCGCCUCCAAUCUUUUUACUAGUGCAAGCAAUUGAUUGUUCAGUCGAUAUUGGCUGUGAAUGUUUUUUCGCAUCGAUUGUUUAGUUUUAUGUGUUUCACGUCUGCUGAGCAUUUGAAUCGUUGAUUGGUGAAGAAGUUUUCAAACUUGAGACAGUGUAUAUUCUCGCUAGUGAAACCAAGAUGGCAAUAUCCAGGCAACGAAGCAUUAGUGGUAUAGCAGUGCAAUUAUCAUACCCAUCGGACUGCAGCCUGUUACUCAUCCUUCUCUUCAGUAUGGUCGUCGAACCCAACACGGUCAGCGCCCGUGCCAAAUUCGGUCACUACGAGACACGGUAUAUCAACGACUUCAUCAAUUUCACUCGCCCCGCCGCGGACAUCGUGGAACCGAUGUAUUACGACUACGACAGCAAUCCAUCGCGGAGCGCCUUCAACCAGGAGUACGAAAGUGGCGGUCUUGCAGGACUGGGACUCAGUGGGCCGUUGGUAGCGAUACCCGAAGAGCAGACCGGUACCUUGGUGGAAGAUGAAAUUACACGCCCACCGGAUAUCUAUCCGGAUCCGGAUCAGAUAUAUGCCACCUUCCUGAACAAAAGUGCCAUGAAGAGGAACCGGUUUCCUGGGGACGAGAAUGUGAUAAAAGUUUACUCAUCCAAGUCGUUGAGGAAAAAUCCACAGGCUCGUGUGGAUGAUGAUGGGUCGUUCGAUAGCUUGAAUAACGAUAUGAAAGGACAUGACUUUAUCGAUAAUAUUAUGUACAUUUAUUACGGAACGAAUGGCACACUGCGAAAGGAUCUCGGCGGUAACGUGAUUGUGAUAGGCGCUGUCUUCGCCCUGGCUCCUCAAAUAUUGACGGGAAUAAUUCUGUUUCUGAGAAAUCGACGAAUCCGACAUUUCAACACGUUUUAUCCGAUUUGUUUGAACUUGAUAUUGAUUCUGGUGACUUCCAACUUUUCAUUUGUGCUAGGAGUCCAGGCUACUCGUAAUAUGGUCAAAUGUGAGUUGAUCGCGAUUCUACUGCACUAUUUGCAUCUAAGUACAAGCAUUUGGUGCUUCAUCUACAUUUAUGUGAUUUACGAUUUAAUUGUGAACGAAUGUGGACCUAAGCUGAAGUAUAGUUACCUGAUGGGAUACGGCGUACCUGCGGUGUAUGUUUUGUUCUCCUACGCCUCAUCUAUUGACACCUUCGAAGUACGUCGCUACUGCUGGAUGUCAAUCCAGAAGGGAAUGAUUGUAAGCUUUAUGAUACCGAUUUCCUUCCUCAUCAUCCUGUCAACAGUAUUGGGCACGGUAGCCCUCAAAAAGAUAUCCAGCAAACAGACGGAAAUUCUAUGCGAAAGCAUAGACAGCAUGAUCGAAAGCACGUCGAAGUGUAACGACAUAAUGUAUCCGAGGUUGCCCUCCACGGUAGGGAUCAACCAUGCCACCCGAAGUAACAGCUAUCCUCAGUUGGAGUUAAAGGAAAAGUGCUGCCAGGAAUAUCUCGCCCAAACGAUGGAGAACCGUCAAUCCGUUGUCACGUUGCCCCAGCAAAGUAACCAUGGUUUCAGUUUGCAUAGCAUCAAAAAGUCACUCGACUACUACGACACACGGAUCGACUUGGGACAACUCUCGCUGGCAGACCUGUCCACACCCAGUAUGGCUUCCGACAUCCAGGACUUUACCGAGUUCAAGCGGGCGAUCAAGUUUGGGCUGUUCUUUCAGCCGAUUUACUCGAUCUGUUGGUUCCUUAGUGUUAUCGCUCUGGAGAAUGUGCAUUCGUGCGUUAUGCCAGUUAUUUAUGCUAUCUGUUUGAAUAUCUUGAACUGGUGCAUGCUGGUUCGCUCGUCAAACAUAUGCCCCUUCAUCAGCGGCAUGUCGGAAGAAACGUUGGAAAAAGCGGGCAUCGACUGUGCCGACUCGAUAAACGCCCCGAGUGGCAUCUGUGCAGACAAUGACACGAUUCAGGGUAGCAUUUGUACCGACACGAUACCGCUACUGUGCGCUUCGAACCCAUCGAUCAUCAAUUCCACGAAGACCGCUUUGACACCAACGCCAUCUUACACCGCUCCCAGCACUUUGCCGCUUUCGCGGAAGUUCUCCGCGGGAUCGGAUCUGGAUCAGCAGACGCUGAAUUUCAUCAGUAGCAAUAAUUUGAAGAAUACGUGGGAAUCUAGCGUCGACAUAACCCACCACGUGAAAGCCAGCGAUUGUAUCAGCACAAUCAGCAACUAACUUAAUCAUCAGUUGAACUGUUUGAAGCCAUUAUUAGUGAGAUUACUUGAGGGGUUACACAAUAAUUAUGUUAUUUAGCGCAGAGGAGCGUGUGACGCUACAGACGGAAGGCAUAUCAAGCUUGAAGAAUGUUUCGAGUAGCUCGAUAGAAUAGUUUUGACUUGUGAUAUUAACUCUAGAGCCCUGUAUUAUGCUCAUCAUUUUCUAAUGAAAAUAUCGAGGAUCCUUGUAAAUAGAACUAUUCAAUCACAUUUGUAACAUUUAUCAUUAUUCGAACCACGGUUCUUAUCGAUAGAGUUCGUAUUGCAAUCCACUUUCUAAUAAAUGGAGUAACCGAUAUUAGGGAAAUUUUUCUCUGGAAGCAGUAGGAGAAAAUUCAAUAUAAAACGAUCGCUUAUUUGUAAUUUCUAAAGCGCAAAAUAACGAAAAAUACGUGAUGCUAUUUCAGAAAAAAAUAAAAGCAGUAUCAAUCGUAGCGGGUAGAAUUCCAAAAUGAUACAAACAGUUUACAAUAAAUUUUGCAGUUUUGAAUAAGACAAAAACCAACUGACAACUUCAAUAAAGUAUAGUACAAAAUAACAUUCAUGUUAAUCCUAUAUAAUUGGAAAAUUGAAGUAGGAUUGUUGCAUAAUUAAAAAAAUGUGCGGAUAAAUUAUACAUACUUGUCUAGUUUUUGCUAAUAUAGUAAACCAACAAACAGCAAUAACAACCGUCUAAACACCUAGCCAACGAACCGUUCUUUUUAGAAAUUUGCACACGUCUUCAAUCUAAUAAAUACCAAUCCUCUAUUUCUUGUCACGUUCUUGCUACCUUGCAUUGUGGAGGGAAGACCCAAUCCCAUAAACAAUAAAGUGAACAACAUUGAAGUUAAUUCAUCCAAUUGCCAUUCCUAAGCACCAGAACCCGUCAAGUGUCAUUUAAUCCAACUCAUAUUUAACCAAAUAAAACUAAUAGCGAUAGUA